AUGAUCUCGAUAUUCCAGCAGCUACUCAAUCUAACUGCACGGUUGAUGUCCUAUUAUGUCGACCUCAUCAACUAUCUAUACCAUGACCUCAAGAAUAUCUUGAAAUACUCCAUCCAUCCCGAUACUCCUCCACCACUUGAAACCAUCAACAAUUAUAUUGGUUUAAUCAACAAAUAUAAAUUACAAAUUAACCUGUUGACGAAUUGCAAUCAUGUCCAGCAAAUAUACGCAAAAUUGUUGGACAUCAUCACCCCUGGCCUCACCCAAAUCCAUAAUCAUAUAAACAAUUUGUUUGCUUUGCCUCAACCGUUGUUGAAAUCUUCUAUUCUUGGUAUUUUCAUCAGAACUGGGGUGAAAGAAAAGGUGAAAUUCUUAAUUGAUGAAAAUAAGAAACCUUUGGACAGGUUUGAUAAUGACUCCAAUCAAGCUCUGGAGUAUCUUGAAAGGCUAAACAAUGAUAUUAACAACAUUCCUCCUUCAUCGUAUAUUAUUCAGUCGGUAACUAGAUUUGUUGAGGAAUUGAUUCAAGAAUAUACCCUCGACAUUCCUUUAAUUGAAAUUGCAAUGGAUAAAUUACAUAUAAAUUACAAAGAAGAGAAAAAAUUCGACAAGUUGAAGAAUUCAAUCUUGCAACGAAUAAUUGAACAAGAAGUUGAUACGUCAAGUUUAUCAUUUACUGAGGCUGAAGUUAAGGCCAUUGAUUUGAUGGAAUUUUUGACAGCUCAUAUCGAUUUCAUCAAACGUUUAUUACCAAUUUACAUCCGCUUUGAUCGAUUAUUCCGUCAAAAAUUAAGAAUUGACAAACUACCGUUGCCUCGAACCGUGGAAAUGGAACCAUUAAUAGUGCAACUUGUCGAUCCAUUCAUUGAAAAAUUGGUUGCUGGUGGAACUGUUGGUUUGAGUACUGAAAUCACAUAUACUGCUGUUUUCAGCUUCCUUCAAGACCUUGCUAUUGAAUUAAUAACUAUUAAAAGAACCUACGAUGGAUUCAUACCUAGGAAUAGACAAGGUAGAUACAGUGAUGAUGAAGCGUUCUGGACAACAACACAAUCUUAUGUUGAGAAUUUGCUUCGAUUGACUUAUUUUAUACAAAACAAAUCAAAUGGCAAUCAUAACAUUAGUCUAAUCAUGGGUGAUCUAAAAGAGGAGUUUGAACGAUUAGAGAAUGAAGCUAGAGAGGAUUUUUUCAAUUUGUUGUCAUUCCAAGAUAUAUUUGCAUGCGAUGAAAGAAUCGUUAAAUACCAAUUAAGAAAGAAAAUAGAUUUCUUGAAGUCAAAAUAA